AUGGACGUCAUUCGAGAUGCUGUACACGAUGCCGCGCAGCGUAGUGUAUCACAAGGCGCCAUUGCAGCAACCCUGUUCGGCAUUGUCUUCCAUGUAUUGAUUCGACCAUUCGAAUUUGAGCUGAUCAUGUUCCAUUUCAUGGCGGCUUCUACUCUGACCUUUUUCGGGAUGUUUUACACCUUUGGCUUCGUGAAAGCCCUGGCCUUUGCAAGCUGUUUCAGCAUCGGAUUGCUUGGUAGCAUUGCUUUAUACCGAUUAGCCUUUCACCGAUGUCGAAACUUCCCAGGGCCGACCGCUGCUAAAAUCUCAAAAUUCUACGCAGCGAGACUUUCGGCGAAGAAUGUACAGUACUACAAGGAGCUGGAGAAGAUGCACGGUCAGUACGGUGACUUUGUGCGCACAGGUCCCCGAGAGAUCAGCGUUCUACGCAAGUCGGCUGUUCCAAUUCUCUAUGGUCCCAAUUCGGAAUGUUCGAAAUCAACAUGGUAUGGCCAGACCGGCAACGACCCGAAGAAGUGUUCGAUACACAUGACGCGUGACUUCAAUGAUCAUCGCCUUCGCCGCCGUGCUUGGGACCGUGGCUUCUCCAUCAAAGCGCUCAGCACAUACGAGCCACGUAUCAAAGCAAAGGCAGACUUGUUUAAGAGUCAAUUGACAGAGAAAGGAGGAAGCUCGAUGGAUGUGUCCGCCUGGUCAAUGUUCUUUAGCUUCGACGUCAUGGGCGAGGUCGGUUUCGGCAAAGACUUCAACAACCUCAAGAGUGGUGUAGAACAUGUUGCCAUUAAAGGAGUUCAUGCUCACAUGACGAUGUUGGGGAUCAUGAGCACAGUUCCGUGGUUGCUCAACGUCUUGAGUUCCAUUCCUGGGGCGGCAGCGGGUUAUUCGGACUUCUUCUCUUUUUGCGCAGAUCAGAUCAGGGAGAAACACAAGACAUGGAACAGCGAGAAGUAUCCGCAGGAUGUUGUAUCAUGGUUACUCAAAGCUGUAAAAGAGAAGGAUGCUUCAGCUUCGCCAAGUGCAGCAGCUCUCGAGGAUGAUUCGAGGGUGAUGAUUAUCGCUGGAAGCGAGACAACAGCCACUACCCUCGCCGGAGCUCUCUUCUACCUCGCCAAAUGUCCCACUAAGCAGAAGCGACUCCAACAGUUCCUGGACCAAGCGAUGCCGGGUGGAUACAGCCAAUGGUCAUACGAGAAGGUCAAAUCAGUCUCUUACCUGGAUGAUUUUCUCAACGAAACGCUGCGACUUCGUCCCGCGUUGUUGACUGGUGGAGCGCGAGAAACACCAGCGAAGGGCAUCCAGGUGGACGAGACAUACAUUCCUGGCAAUACGAACGUGGUAGUACCAGUGUCGCUCAUUCAAAGAGACCCGCGAUGGUGGCAAGAGGCUGAGGAUUUCGUUCCGGAGCGAUUCGGCGAAAGGAAGAUACAGAUGGAGACGGACAAGGCUCCGUACUUGCCAUUUUCUCUAGGCGCGUACAGCUGCCCAGGCAAGAAUCUAGCUCAUAUGAGCUUGCGCAUCUCUCUUUCGAUGAUUGCGCAGAAUUUCGACGUGAGUUUCGCAUCUGGAGAAACUGGAGAGGAGUUCGAGAAAGAGAUACUGGACACGUUCACCGUGACGCUUCCGUCUCUUCAGCUACGGUUCACGCCGCGAACCAGUGCUUGA